AUGGCUGCUUCUUUUGCCGAUCUUCCCACGCAAGCGCUGUGGCCUUCGCACAUGGCCCGCAUGGUUGACAAGCUGCCAAUGCAGCAGCUGAGUCAGCUCCACAGGGCAUGCAACAAGCUAUUCCAACAAAGAUCUCGAGAAAUUCAAGAGAUUUUCGUGGAGAUCGCCAGCCACCUUCGGUGGAUGUUGACCGGACUUCUGGAACAAUUGCAGGAAGACGAAGCGGAGAACAAGGCACAAGAAGUCUGGGAACUGAUGUUUUGGGUUCGGGACCAAGCCAAAGGUAUUCUGGAGCUCCUGGAAGUGACUCGAGACAAUUAUUUGGGCACCGAAGUGGUCGAUGGAGGCAUCUUGCAGAUUUACAUAGCAUGCAAGACAGAGCAGAGCUGGAAGCCGUCAGAGAUAUCCGAUUCUGCCGAAACUUUCAUGUGGAAGCUGCGUCCGCCCAAUUUCCCAGGGACCAUCACAGAGGACACAGGGGGUGCGGGUCCAGAAGACUCGGCGCUGCCGGAGUCGAUGCCCGGUGGAGCUGACUUGGCGGAGCUGCAAGAGCUUGAGCACGAGCUGCUUGAGGCAAGAGCUCGGCAGCCCGGGGACAGCCAGGAACUGGCACUCAUCUUGGCCAGACUCGGUCAGGCGAAAAUGCGUCAAGGUCAUCAUGCGGAAGCCAUUGAGCAUCUGAAAGAGUCUUUGCAACUGCAGCGGUCAUUGGAUAGUUCCACUGAACUGCCCUGGGUUCUGAGUAAGUUUAUCUUCUGUUGCAUCCCGUUGGCAUUGCUUUCCCAGCGCCGGUCAGCUUUCCCGUCCUUGAAUGCAGCCACUCUGCAUCAGCUUGGCCAAGCGAAAGCUCAGACUGGAGACCUGAAAGAGGCCCUGCGAUACCUGAAAGAGUCUUUGCGAAUGAAGCGGUCUUUGCACGGUGACGGUGACCACCCAGGAGUUGCAGCCACUUUGCAUGAGCUUGGCGAUGUGACCGCUCAGACUGGAGACCUGAAAGAGGCCCUGCAUUACCUCAAAGAGUCUCUGCGAAUGAAGCGGUCCUUGCACGGUGACGGUGACCACCCAGACAUUGCAGUCAUUUUGCAUGAGAUUGGCCGAGCCCUGCGGUACCUGAAAGAGUCUUUGCGAAUGCAGCGGUCCUUGCACGGUGACGGUGACCACCCGGGAAUUGCAGCCACUUUGCAUGAGCUUGGCCGAGUGACCGCUCAGACUGGGGACCUGAAAGAGGCCCUGCGGUACCUGAAAGAGUCUUUGCGAAUGACGCGGUCCUUGCACGGUGACGGUGACCACCCAGGAAUUGCAGUCACUUUGCAUGAGCUUGGCCGAGUGACCGCUCAGACUGGAGACCUGAAAGAGGCCCUGCGGUACCUGAAAGAGUCUUUGCGAAUGACGCGGUCCUUGCACGGUGACGGUGACCACCCAGGAGUUGCAGCCACUUUGCAUGAGCUUGGCGAUGUGACCGCUCAGACUGGAGACAUGAAAGAGGCCCUGCGGUACCUGAAAGAGUCUUUGCGAAUGCAGUGGUCGUUGCACGGUGACGGUGACCACCCGGGAAUUGCAGCCACUUUGGCCGAGCUUGGCCGAGUCACAGCUCAGACUGGAGACCUGAAAGAGGCCUUACGGUACCUGAAAGAGUCUUUGCGAAUGAAGCGGUCCUUGCACGGUGACGGUGACCACCCAGAAGUGGCUGCAAUUUUGCAUGAGCUUGGCCAUGUGACCGCUCAGACUGGAGACCUGAAAGAGGUCCUGCGGUACCUGAAAGAGUUUUUGCGAAUGAAGCGGUCCUUGCACGGUGACGGUGACCACCCAGGAGUUGCAGCCACUUUGCAUGAUCUUGGCGAUGUGACCGCUCAGACUGGAGACAUGAAAGAGGAAUUUCAGCCACUUUGCAUGAGCUUGGCUAGGGUGAUGGCAGAAGCUGGAGAACUGAAGGAGGUGCAAAAGAUCGACAGUUUCAAUUCCAAGCUCAAAUCGUGCAUGGAAUCGACCAGAGCAAGCUUGCUAAGCUGCUUGGAGGUGGACAUCCGCGACGUCACCUCGGAGGCUGCGCCAAUGCGGUUCACCUUCGUGGCCGCGGCGAGGUCGGCUUCGUGCCAGUGCCUGGAUUGCCACUGGUGUCGGGUGGGUGGCGGAUGUUCCUGGUUCGGGAAACUUGUGGCCAUCAAUGGAGGCACUGUUGAUACCUGUCCCGAUCUCUCGAUUGAGUCGGGCAGUGGUGAAUCAAUCGUGGUGUCAGCACCCUACCAGCGGGACGUGGUGCAGCAUCUCUACAGCAUGGCAGAGCAGUCUCAAGUCGGGACACUCGAACGCACUGUUAUCGACACGAGUGCACGAAGGUCCAAGGAGUUUUCUCAAGUCAAAGUCACGGAUGCCGACAGGCCUUGGCCGUUGGAGCAGGUGUGCGAGGAGAUUCGCGCCAAGUUGGCUCCUGGGGCGACUCGAGUGCAUGCUGAUUUAUACAAGCUACUUCUUUACAACAAAGGAGAUUUCUUCAACAUGCACAAGGAUGCCCAGCAGCAUAGCCACAUGUUUGCCAGUCUACUCUUCUUUCUUCCAUUCGAGCAUGAAGGAGGCGGGUUGCAACUUUCUCGGCUGCAGACAUCAUGGGAGAAAUCAGCCAUGUUUGAUGUCGCAAAUAUCAACAAGGAUGGUUGCUGCUCAUGGGUUGCCUUCUACACCGACGUGUGUCACAAAGUGCUGGAUGUGAAGAGUGGUCACAGAUUGGUUCUCAACUACACGCUGCGAUUUGAGGGUUCGAUGAGCCCAUCCCCUUGCUUGCCCAAGCUCCCAACCAGAGCCAUUGACUUGGUAAAGCAGACGCUGAAAGGAAAUGCAGAUUUGGCCAUUCCACUCUUCUAUGCUUAUACUGCCGAAUCCUUUGGAACAAGCUUUCUGAAGGGACGUGAUGCCUACCUUUUCAAUGCAUUGCAUGCGUGUGGCCUAGCUGCCUCUGUGCGAUUUGUUCUAUGCAUUGACACGACCUCCGUUUGGUACUAUGAUGAUUGCCCAGAAGAACCAGACUGGCACACAAGCUUUGAUCGUGCAGUGCUUGUUGGUGAAGAGUUUGUACGUGAGGCCGUGCAACUUGAAGAAGAAAGGCAUCAGUCCCGUGGCUUCGAUAACGACGGGAGACAGUUGAUUGCAAAGGGAGCUGCCUUUGCAAAAAAAAUCAUGGACGCCUCCAAGCGACCUCUACAGUGGGUGAUGUUGCCUCAAGAGCCUUUCGUGGAGAACAGACUCUGGGUGGGCCACUCGAUAGAGGCAUUCGGAUGGCUUGGAAACAUGACACCGGCUGCGGAGCUCUACUACAUCCAGGAAGGUGACCCAUGCGACUGGCGAGGGGCGUGUCACGUCAAGCGGAAGUAUGGCGCAGCCGCCAUGGGCCGCCUGGCCGCGGCGGCGGCCGAAGUGGGCCCAGGCUGCGAUCGACCUCAAUUGGUGACCCCAAUGCGACGUCCGGAUCAUCGGAGAGGUAUCCUUUGCGACGUCCUGACGGAUGACUGGAGAGGUGGACGGACUCGGCGAGCACGGGAGGACAGCGCAGUGGGUGGGCGUUUGGGAACGAAGGACGGCUCCAAGGACGGCUCCACCGGGGAGAAAGCUGCUUCGGCUGCGAGGAGGUCACUCCAUCAGGCAUGUGACCAGCAGCUCUGGAAAAGAUUCCAACAAAUCCGAAAAGCAUUUCAUGACAUUGACAUCCGAGUGCAAGCGGUCUUGGAGCAACUUCCAGAAGACCUGCAGGAAGAGGUGGAGGAGGACUCGAUCGACAAGGCAAUGGAACUGUGGGAUUUCAUGAAGGAGGUUCGAGACAUGGCCAAAGGUAUCCUGAAGCUCUUGGAAGUCACUCAACACCAACUCUUGGGUGCUGAAGUCACCAAUGAGGAUUUGUUGGCCAUUUUGGCCGAGAUCGUUGUCAGAGCAGAGCACGAAGCCGUCAGGGAUGAGGCAAUCCUGGACACCCGAAAGCUUCAUAUAGAAGCUGCUUGUAGCUUCAUCCAUGCUACUCGGCAAGUGGAGAAGUUGCUGCAACCGAUCCUGCAAAGAAGACUUGUAUCAGGUCUACGUUCCUCGUCCAUUGUCCUGCACCCGCCCAUGAAUCCUCCUUUUGAGACAGAAUCAGUGUAUUCCGUGACGGAUCAGACUCAGAGCGGGACUCGGCCCUCUCAGCCGCGGCAGUUCCCAGGGACAAUCACAGAGGACAGUGGGGGUCCGGGUGCAGGACCAGAAGACGUGCCGGAGUCGAUGCCCGGUGGAGCUGAUCUGGCGGAAUUGCAAAAGCUCGAGCAUCGACUGCUUGAAGCGACAGCUUGGCAGACCGGCGACAGCACGGAACUGGCCGUCAUCCUGCACAACCUCGGUCAGGUGAACGGAUGUCAAGGGCAUCACGCGGAAGCCAUGGAGUAUCUGAGAGAGUCUUUGCAAAUGAAGCGGUCCUUGCAUGGUGACGGCGACCACCCAGAAGUGGCAGCCACUUUGCAAGUGCUUGGCCGGGUGACCCAUCAGAGUGGAAGCCUGAAAGAGGCCCUGCGGUACCUGAAAGAGUCUUUGCGAAUGGAUCGGUCCUUGCACCGUGACGGUGACCACGCAGGAAUUGCAGUCACUUUGUCCCUGAACUUGGCAAUGUCACCGCUCAGAAUGGAGACCUGA